AAGAGCAACCCCUGCGCUCCGGUGGCAGCUCCGGUUGUUGUGCUUGUGCUCCCUCCUCCUCUCCCUCUGGAGGAUCAGCUUCUGGAAGGCUGUGCUGGGGACAGCUUUACUUGCCCAGAGACCGGUCAUUUACGACAUUUGCGCUGUUCUUUUAAGCUACACGUUGCAAAACAUUUUAAAAUUUAUUUAUUCAUAGAGAGAGAAAUAGAGAGGCAGGGACACAGGCAGAGGGAGAAGCAGGCUCCCUGCAGGGAGCCCGACGUGGGACUCGAUCCCGGGUCUACCAGGACCACGCUCCGAGCCAAAGGCAGGUGGUAAACCACUGUGCCACCUGGGGAUCCCGCAAAACGUUUCUUGAUACGGCUGUAUAUUCCUUAUAUUGUAUUAUAUUCACUAGUUCCCCUGCUAGAGGAAAGAAAAUAGUCUAAGGUAUAUGUAUGAAGAGACUCUUCGGAGAAGUAUUAAAUGGUUGGGGAGAAGGCAACUCACCAGACAGCCAGCAUUAUUGCAUGAAGAACCGUGGGAGCAAACAUUAGACUCUUAGGGAUCAUGGUUGGGUUGUCAGGCUUUUUCUGUUAAGUUAUGGUAAAGAUGUAUUUGUGAAUAGAGGGGCCCAUUUUACAUCUUAGGAAGAAGACUGAUGGACUACCCAGUUAUGUUUUAGGAAGUAUGAGCCCAUUGUAGUAGGCUGAAAAUGUACCAACCCCCAAUAUACCCACAUCCUAAGUCCUGGAACCUGUGAAUGUCACCUCAAUUGGAAAAAAAAAAAAUUCAUCCAGGGAAGCAAACCUACAGUUGAGAGGAUGAUAGUGAAUCAGAAACAAGCUGUUUCAUGGCACAUGAAGCAUGGGCAUCACUUCACCAACUGAUACUCUAAUAACUUAAAUGCUGUGGAAUUCUUUAAAUCAUCUGGGUAGAAAACCUGUGUCAGUUAUAUACAUUAAAAUAUAUUCUGGAGGACCUGCUGAUUUCUCUGUGGGCUGUCAGAAGGUGGAGGAAAAGAUGGGCUGGCAAAAGUCUCUGCAAGGAUCAGAAGUGUCCAAAGCCCGCACCAUUUACCUCAAUGAACCCCUUAAGAACAAUUUCUGCAAAAACUCGAUCAGCACAGCCAAGUACAACAUGUGGUCAUUCCUCCCUCGAUAUUUGUAUCUGCAGUUUAGCAAAGCUGCUAAUGCUUUCUUCCUGUUCAUUACUAUAUUACAGCAAAUUCCAGAUGUGUCUCCAACAGGAAAAUAUACAACUCUCUUGCCUUUGAUGAUUAUUCUUACAAUUUCAGGCAUCAAAGAGAUUGUAGAAGAUUACAAACGACAUAUAGCAGACAAAUUAGUUAACACAAAGGAUAUAAUAGUGUUAAGAGAGAAUGUGUGGAAAAUCAUUAUGUGGAAAGAGGUAAUUGUGGGCGAUAUUGUGAAGGCCUCAAAUGGACAGUUCCUUCCUGCAGACAUGGUUCUGAUUUCUUCCAGUGAACCUCAAGUAACAUGCUAUGUUGCAACAUCUAAUCUGGAUGGGGAGACAAACCUAAAAUUACGGCAGGCUUUGUUAGAAACAGCUCAAAUGCAAACAGAAAGGCAAUUGUCAAGCCUAUCUGGAAAAAUAGAAUGUGAAGGACCUAAUCGUCAUUUCAAUACCUUCAUUGGAACCUUGUAUCUAAAUGAUGAAAGCCCUGUUCCAAUUGGGCCUGAUCAGGUCUUGCUAAGAGGUACACAACUUAAAAAUACUCAGUGGGUCCUUGGCAUAGUUGUUUACACUGGAUUUGAAACCAAAUUCAUGCAGAAUUCUAUCAAAUCGCCUCUCAAGAAAUCACGUGUUGAGAAGGUGACCAAUGUGCAGAUCCUGGUGUUGUUCGUGCUGCUUCUGGCCAUGUCCCUGGUGAGCUGCGUGGGAGCCAUACUCUGGAAUGUAGAAGGCACUUGGUACUUCGGGACAAAAGAUUACAGCUCCCACAGCUUAGGGUUUGACUUAUUGGUGUUCAUCAUCCUAUACCACAAUCUCAUUCCCAUUAGUCUACUGGUCACUCUGGAAAUUGUGAAAUAUGUUCAGGCCAUGUUUAUAAACUGGGAUGAAGAUAUGCAUUACAAAGAAAAUAAUAUCUAUGCCAUUGCUAGAACAUCCAACCUUAAUGAAGAGCUUGGGCAGGUAAAAUACUUAUUUUCUGAUAAAACAGGAACCCUCACUUGCAAUAUUAUGAAAUUUAAGAAAUGUUCCAUUGCAGGUAUAAUAUAUGGGAAUCAGUCAGACAAAAGUGAUAUCGAUACAAAAAAAUUAAGUCUGUCACCCUCUGUCCUCACAGAGUCCUACGAAUUUAAUGACCCAACAUUACUGCAGAACUUUGAGAAUGGUCAUCCCACAAAAGAUUAUAUAAAGGAAUUUCUUACCCUAUUAUGCGUGUGCCACACUGUUAUUCCUGAGAGAGAUGAAGAUAAAAUAAUCUACCAGGCUUCCUCCCCAGAUGAAGCAGCUUUAGUGAAAUGGGUGAAGAAACUUGGUUUUGUUUUUACUACAAGAACACCAACCUCUGUCACCAUAGAAGCUAUGGGAGAAAACUUCACAUUUGAAAUUCUUAAUAUUCUGGAAUUUUCUAGUAAUAGAAAAAGGAUGUCUGUAAUUGUGCGAACUCCUACAGGAAAUCUCCGGCUCUACUGUAAAGGGGCUGAUACAGUGAUUUAUGAGAGACUUUCAGAAGAUUCUCUCUUUAUGAAGGAGACAUUAACCCAUCUGGAACAUUUUGCCAAAGGAGGGCUGAGAACUCUCUGUGUUGCCUAUACAGAUUUAACUGAGGAAGAAUAUCAGCAGUGGUUGACAGAGUAUAAAAAAGCUAGUUCAGUUAUACAAGACAGGAUGCAAAGUUUGGAAGAAUGUUAUGAUAAAAUUGAAAAGAAAUUUCUGCUGCUUGGAGCCACAGCCAUUGAAGAUCGUCUUCAAGCACGUGUUCCAGAAACGAUAGUGACUUUACUGAAAGCAAACAUAAGAAUAUGGGUCUUGACAGGAGAUAAACAAGAAACUGCAAUUAACAUAGCAUAUUCCUGUAAAUUGAUAUCAGCUCAAAUGCCUCGUAUUCGAUUGAAUACACACUCACUUGAGGCAACACAACAAGCAGUUACUCAAAACUGUGAAGCUCUUGGAACUCUGAUAGGUAAAGAAAAUGACCUGGCCCUCAUCAUUGAUGGUGAAACAUUGAAGUAUGCCCUCAAUUUUGAAGUUGAAAGGAGUUUCCUCAAUUUGGCCCUCUCAUGUAGAGCAGUAUUAUGUUGUAGGUUAUCUCCCCUCCAGAAGGCAGAAAUUGUGUACCUAGUUAAGAAGCAUGUAGGGGCUAUCACCCUCGCCAUUGGGGAUGGUGCCAACGAUGUUGGAAUGAUCCAGAUGGCCCACGUGGGUGUGGGAAUCAGUGGGAAUGAAGGCAUGCAGGCCACUAACAACUCAGAUUAUUCCAUUGCACAGUUUAGCUACUUGGAGAAGCUUCUGUUGGUUCAUGGAGCUUGGAAUUAUUUUCGAGUAACAAAAUGCAUAUUGUAUUGUUUCUACAAAAAUGUAGUGUUAUACAUUAUUGAGCUUUGGUUUGCCUUUGUUAAUGGAUUUUCUGGCCAGAUUAUAUUUGAACAUUGGUGCAUUAGCUUGUACAAUGUGAUUUUCACUUCAUUACCACCUUUUACUCUGGGGAUCUUUGAACAGUGUUGCAGUCAGAAGAGCCUGCUUACAUAUCCACAACUCUACACAGUUUCUCAGACAGGGAAAACUUUCAACACAAAGGUGUUUUGGUUUCAAUGUAUUAAUGCUUUGGUCCACUCCUUUAUUCUGUUCUGGAUGCCCAUGAAAAUGUUGGAGCAUGAUAUGGUCUUACAAGGGGGUCACACUACAGACUAUUUGUUUCUUGGAAAUUUUAUUUAUACGUACGUGGUUGUUACUGUCUGUCUAAAAGCUGGUUUGGACACACUCUCUUGGACUAAAUUUAGUCAUUUGGCCAUUUGGGGAAGCAUAAUUAUAUGGAUGGUGUUUUUUGCAAUUUACUCUUUCGUAUGGCCCACCAUUCCCGUUGCUCCUGAAAUGACAGGACAGGUCAAUAUGAUCCUGGUUUGUCCAUACUUCUGGCUGGGUUUUCUCAUAGUCCCCAUUGUGUGCCUGAUUCUAAAUUUAAUAUGGAAAUCGAUUAAAAAUACCUGCAACAGAACAUUACUAGAGGAGGUUCGGGAGAUGGAAAGUAACAGAGUUCAAGAACUUAAUCCUACAAUGUUUAAAAUGAGGGUGGAGGCAAAAAAUGUCCAAAUGUCCCUAGCCAGCCAACCACACAAGAUUGUCUUCCGGCAUGAAUCUGUUGACCAAAGCACCCCAUAUGGGUACGCAUUUUCUCAAGUAGAACAAGCUGUGAUUACUCAGGAAGAACUAAUCUGUUCUUAUGACACUACUAAAAGCCAAGGCUGUAAGAGCUUAAAUAAGGCCUCUUCUGGCCCCAACUAUGAGUGAGGUUUGGACCACAACAUCCUGUGUUCUUAUGUCCUUCCCCCAAACCGCAGAACAUGCCAACACCCCCGAACACUCUUUUCUUGUGGCUCUGGCCAGUUAUUUAUGUAUUGGUUUAUGUAUGGAUCACAAUCCCUUGAUAUAAAUAAUGGGGGAAGCCUAUUUGCUUUUCCUUAAUUUGUCUUCAAUGUUUCACCUGACCUGUUUACUUUUCUGUAGUUGUGAGAAUUUAUCAGUUGUCUUAAGUAUAAAAUUAAAAGCAUUUUGUUUCACCAAAA